GUAUUCAGUGGUGCUGCCGAGUGGUAGAACAGUAUUUUAGCUCCGCUAUAAUAGCAUGAAGAUCACACAAUUAAACUAAAAAUAUCAAACAUUCUCGACACAGACUGACUAUACAGCAGUGGGUUUUUGUCACAUUAUACUGAUGAAAAAAAUAUUUUAGUUGUGAGGUCCCUAAGACUAAAAAUAGUUUAGUGACUCGAGAUUUUCUACCGACAUUAUCUAUUGACGAGUACAGCUGCGUAUGGGCUUGGUCCGGAAUUUUGGUUGAAAAGUUGUUUUUGUUUUAACAUUUUUUUUGUGCAAUUUCCAUUGCAGAAUAUGUGUUCGAAUAGGUGUUUCGUUUUACUAGUCCUGUGCGUAAUCGACAAAUCACUUUCUAAAUUGUUUGAUUCCGAGGAAAUUGUACCUGUCAGGUUAAAUGGAAGAAGCAGUGGUCGUUUUUGGAAACGAAGUGAAGAACAGCCGAGAUUUAGACUCAGUGCCUUUGGCCGAGAUUUCACUUUGAAUUUAAGUCCGGAUAACAGUUUCUUAUCUACUACACUGACAAUUCAACGCAUCAAAGCAAACGAUCUCCACACUUUACGCAGCGCCUCAGGUGUCCAUGGCAGACACACUUCUGAGACUGAAACGGACUUUCACAACUUGAUAAACAAGACUGAAGAGAUGGAAAGACAUUUGAGAAGCUGUUUUUACUCGGGGACUGUGGACUCCAACCAAGAUUCUGUUGUUGCGGUCAGUCUCUGUUAUGGCAUCCUUGGAUCGUUUGUUACAGACGGGGAUGAGUAUUUAAUUGAGCCCAAAGUGCUCGGCUCAGGGAGAAGGGAGAGGUCGACUGAACAGUUACAUUUUAUCAAAAGGACGACACCCACCGAAGCACCACAUGACACUCAAACUGUAUUUGAUCAACUGAGUGAGGAGAGUCGUGUAAAAGCUGACAUGAACAGUUUUAUUCACGAUGAACAAUAUCCUGAGAGACAAUUACGAGGGAAACGCUUUGUUUCAGCACCACGAUUUAUUGAGACGCUGGUGGUUGCAGACUCGUCCAUGACACAUUUCUAUGGAGAUGAGAUAAAGCACUAUAUCCUGACCUUGGUCUCAAUGGCUGCCCAGCUUUACAAACAUCCCAGUAUCAAGAACUCUGUCCACAUGGUGGUGGUGAAGAUGGUGGUGGUGGAAGACGAGGAGGUUGGACCGUCACUCUCCAAUAACGGGGGAGUCGCUCUGCGCAAUUUCUGUGCCUGGCAACAACAGUUCAACCCGGCCAGCCAGAGGCAUCCUGAGCACUACGACACUGCUCUACUUUUCACCCGAGAGGAUAUUUGUGGACAUCAGAGUUGUGACACCCUUGGGGUUGCUGAUGUGGGAACUGCGUGCGAUCCAAAAAGGAGUUGCUCUGUCAUUGAGGACAAUGGACUUCAAGCAGCUUUCACUGCUGCCCAUGAACUUGGCCACGUGCUGAGUAUGCCACACGACGACUCCAAGAAUUGCGAGAGGAUGUUUGGGAAUCUGGGCGGCCAUCACAUGAUGGCCCCUCUGUUCAUUCACCUCAACAAGACUUUCCCCUGGUCCCCUUGCAGCGCUCUCUACAUCACAGAGUUCUUUGACAACGGACACGGCGACUGCCUCUUGGAUCCACCGGAGAGCAUCUUACCGUUACCCAGUGAACUCCCAGGCACCACAUACAGCCUCGACCGCCAGUGUCAGCAGAUGUUUGGGGAGGAGUUUGUGCACUGCCCCAACACCUCUGACAGUGAUGUCUGCAGCCAGCUGUGGUGCCGGGAGGAGGGCAAGCCCCACUGCACCACCAGAAACGGCAGCCUUCACUGGGCAGAUGGCACCACGUGCGCCACCAACAUGAGCUGUCUGCACGGUGCAUGCAUGGCAGCCCACGAGGUCAUGCAGCCAAAGGUGGUUGUGGAUGGCGGCUGGGGUGCUUGGGGACCAUGGCAACAGUGCUCCAGGACAUGUGGAGGGGGUGUGGAGUUCUCCUACAGGGAGUGCACAGAUCCCGUGCCCCAGAACGGCGGCAAGUACUGCGAGGGCCAGAGAGUCCAGUACCAGUCCUGCAACCCCCAGACGUGUGAGGAAAAUGGGAAGAGUUUUAGAGAGGAGCAGUGUGAGAAGUACAACAGCUUCAACUAUCUGGACAUUCUUGGGAACAUGAAGCAAUGGAUUCCAAAGUACGCUGGUGUGUCGCCCCGGGACAGGUGUAAACUCUUCUGCCGGGCCAAAGGCAGCAGUGAAUUCAAAGUCUUUGAAGCAAAGGUUAUCGACGGCACGACAUGUGGUCCUGACACUACGUCUCUCUGUGUACAAGGCCAAUGUGUCAAGGCGGGCUGUGACCAAGAGAUCGGCUCAAACAAGAGGCUUGACAAGUGUGGCUUGUGUGGUGGGGAUGGCCUCAGUUGCAGGAAGAUCACUGGCUCAUACAACAAAGCCACUUAUGGAUACAGCGACAUUGUGACCAUUCCUGUCGGGGCUACCAAUAUUGACAUUAAACAGCGUAGCCAUAGGAACAUCACACACGAUGGAAACUACCUGGCGGUCAAGCGAGAGAGCGGUGGCUACAUACUGAAUGGUAACUUCUCUGUGUCCACGGUGGAGCAGGAUAUCCCUGUUCUCGGGGCUGUGCUGAAGUACAGUGGCUCGUCCACCACCUUGGAGAGAAUCCAGAGCUUCAGACAACUGAGGGAGGCCAUCACCAUCCAGUUGCUGGCCACUGCUGGGGAGGCAUUUCCACCCAAGGUCAAAUACACAUUCUUUAUCCCCAAAGAUGUGUCUUUCACUAAAUCCAAAGAGAAAAAGGCUUCGUUGCAUGUGAUCCAGGCUUUCGGUGUGCCCCAGUGGCAUUUGGGCAAAUGGUCAGAGUGCUCCAAGAGUUGCAGCUCUGGGUGGUCCCGAAGGAACGUUGAAUGCAGAGACAACGCUGGAUUCCAUUCCAAUACCUGCGAUAAGGACCUGAAACCCACAGAUAUCAGACCCUGUGCUGAUCUGCCAUGCCCCAUCUGGCAAAUGGGGCCUUGGUCAUCCUGUUCACGAACUUGUGGCCAGGGGGAACGCCGACGCAGUGUUGUCUGUAUAGACUACACCGGCAAGACUGUCGAGUCGGAGAAGUGUGACGCUAACAAGCAACCUGCGCCAGUGUCGGUAGAGUGUGUUUACCAAGAGUGCUAGCGAGGAGACAUGAAGACAGAGAACUUUGGGAGGGGUAGUGUAGUGGAUUCUUAACCGACCCGACCGUGCUUUAGAGAAAAGCAGGGAAACCCUAGUUUGGAAAUUAAGAGUGCACUAACUAACCCAGACAAGUCAUAGGACAUAGGACAAUAGGACAACCACUAGAGAAGUUUGAACCAAUAGAGAUCUAGCUACCUCAGGAUGUACAUGUGUUGUUUUGUUAAAAUAGACAAAGGUACUGUGUGCAAAAUAUUAUUCUCUCCUAAAAGCAAUUACUUUGCAUAAAACCUACUGACAAACACCAUUGCUGUUAAAUAUACCUCAAUUUUCCAGCAUAUAACCCAGAACUAUACAGUCAGAGACUCAGAGCCAAUAAAUGAACAGGGCUAAUAAAGUUAGUUUGAAGGCAUACUAUUCCUACCAUAACAUGUGACAUUAUCAUUGCAAGACAAUGACUUACAGUGUGUAUUAUUUUUGAGUAAAAAGGGUUUGUGUAAAACAUUUGAUUAGGUGGACAAGAUGAAAAACUUUGUAAAAUACCUUGCUUGUGGAUACCUUGCUUGUGGAUACCUUGCUUGUGGAUACCUUGCUUGUGGUUUGCUCUUUUGUUUAAUUUCCUUGGGAAAAAUAAUUAUUUUUUGUGUUGUGUUAACUGCCUGUAAAAAAAUGUGUCAAAGAAUCUAUCUGCUAUCUUAUUGUUGAUUAAUGAUUUGUGGAACUGAUAUGAUUAAAGAUGAAAAUGUAAGUUCACCCAUAAUCAUUCAAAUAGUACAGGUGAUUAGGUCUGCCAUUGACUAAUCUCUAGUGGGCAGACAACGAAACAAUCUGAUGCAAUUAAGCAACAUUUUAGUUUAGGGUUUUUGAGAUUAGACAUUGACAGACAUUAAAUCAAAUAAUAUACUUUGUAACAAAAAAGCAACCAGCAUUAAUUAGCAGUAAGAAUGAAACAGACAUUUUAGUGUUCCUAAAAUGAGUGUACACACUCUUUGUGUAAAAUUUAGUUUAGCAGACCAUGGUCAGGAAUCUGAUCUGAGGCAAAUCAGUGUAACGGGGAUUUAUUUUCUCUGUUCUGUACUUUUUAUGUAGUGUUUUUAAAGGAAUUGUAAGUACAACCAAAUUCAAUAUAAACACGUGUGAAAUGGUAUAUUAUGGUGCAUCGAAAAUAAUUUGCAUAAAGAACAAGUCCUUUGUUUGUAAUAAUUUCAUAGUUGAUUUAAAAAUAUAUAUUAUUCAUAAUGGGAAGAAUGCUCUAUUGUUUGUCAGAUGUCUGUAUAUGUUUGAUUUCUCAUUCCAGUUUGUAUGUCAUAAAACAAAAAAGGCAAAAUAUGAUAUACCUUCAGUGAAGGACCAUAAUACUAUAUUAUUAUUAUUGUAGCUUCCUUUUAAAGCUAUUUAUUUUAACGUUUUUACCUUGGACCUGAAAUUAUAACAUUUUCAAAUGCUGCUGUCUUUGAGAUUUAUGUCUACAAUAUCUUUGAGAUUUCUCUACAAUUUAUUGUAUAUGUCUACAAUAAAAUGGUCAAAUACAUCACAUUUUACUAUAUGCA